UACACACCCCUGCCUCUUCUGAUAAAUAGAGUACAGUCCCUAAGUCAAUGCUUAUUGUUCAGAAGUAAAGUUUUAAUAGUUGGAACUGUUCUUUCUGUUCUUGUGGGGAUAUAAUCUAAGCCACAGAGAGGUUAUUACUAUUAUUAUUAUUGUUGUUGUUGUUAGAGAAACCAUACAAAUUUAAAAAUCUGGGCAUUGUCUUUAGAUGCCACGAAUGCUUUUAUUUUUGAAGGUUGCAUUGUAUUACUUCCGCUUUCUGUCUGUCUCGCGCUGGCUAACUUGACACAAGUAGGUAGCAGCAGGCAGCUAUCGGUGUGAGGCUGGAGCUCAGCUCAGGGGAACCAGCCGGAGUUGACGGUGUUAGCUUAGCCACCAUAGCCUGCUAGCGAGUCAUCUGCUGUUGUAUGUCUGCCAGCAUGCUAAUGGAGGCAGCUUAACCGCGACACACUGCAGCUCGUCUCCUGUGUGACUCUGUAGAGGUCCAGCCGAGCUGAACUCCGCGGAGCCAUGCGACAGUGGUGUGUCCCCGCUGCGACCCCGCGCACUGAACCACUCCCGGGGCGCCUGUCUGUGUCACCCCCUCCUCCAGAUGCCAGGAUGGAGUGCUGUGAGGUGGAGCCGCGCUACACCAUCGAGCAGAUCGACCUCCUGCAGCGCCUGCGUCUAUCCGGCAUGACCAAACCUCAGAUCAUCCACGCUUUGGAGUCCCUGGAGAGGCUCGACCCUGACCACCGCCCGUCGCACUGUGACUCCCAACCCGCCCCGUCCAACAACACCCCCACCACAGCUGCUCCGGCCCCGUCCUCAUCUUCAUCCUCCUCCUCCUCGCUCUCCCUAGCCUCUGCUACCACGCAGACCUCCGGCCUUGACGGCGCUGCUCUGUCCCCUAGCAAUAGCUACGAGGCCUCGCCUCCGCCCCUCUACCCUCCCAGUGUGGCGGUCCAGCGGUCAUUCAGCUACGACAUGAUGGGAGAGGAGGAGUGGGACCUGGAGGAGAAGGUGGAGGAGUACAUGAGGAGAGACAGCAACCUGGUGAAAGAAGAGAUCAAAACUUUCCUCAACAAUCGCAGGAUCUCUCAGGCCAUCGUAGGCCAAGUUACAGGCAUCAGCCAGAGCUACAUCUCUCAGUGGUUGCUGCAGCAGGGCCUGGAGAUGAGCGACUCCAAACGCAGAGCUUUCUACCGCUGGUACCUGCUGGAGAGGAACAACCCAGGGCUGAGGUGGAGUGAAAGCCAGCACAGCGUGAGCCCCAUGCCCAGGGCCAGGGGAGGGGACAGAGACGGGACGGUAGCAGGGGCAAGCGGCAGCCUCCCCAACCCCAACACCAACCUCAACCCCAACCCAGUGUGGAGCAGGCAGAGAGAGCUGCUGAUGCACUUGCUGCCGUGGUACACUGCUGCUGCCGCGGCCGCCCAGGCCCAGCCAGGGGCCACCUUGUCAAUGCGGUCUCUGGUGAAGGAGGAACCUGAUUGGAGGACAGGGAUCAUGGCAGGCGACAGAGCAGGGAUGGUGGGCGGACCUCUGAGGCUGCGCAGAGGAAGCCGGUUCACCUGGAGGAAGGAGUGUCAGUCAAUCAUGGAGAGCUUCUUCAUGGAGAACCAGUACCCAGAUGAAGCCAAGCGAGAGGAGAUUGCCAACGCCUGUAACUCUGUCAUUCAGAAACCAGGUAGGAAGAGGCGCUGGGACUGUAUGGAGGCGUGCUCCUCUGCCAUUUUGGAAAGCCAUGGAAUUGAGGUGCCAAGUCCAAGCUGCCACUCAAACGGUGAGGAAGGAGAGAUGCACGAGUUUGGCGAUCAGGUGAAUCAUCGCUUCUCAGAGCAGGAAGAGACAUCUUCCCACAGGAUUGCUGACCAACAAGACCCCUCCUCAUUGGCUACUACAGAGGUCGCAGCCCUGCCGAGCCCCACCCCUCAGGUCCUGGAUCAGAAAGAGGAGGAUUCAAAAAGGGAGACUGUGGAUGAAGAGUGACCAAAGCCAGUGGAGUUUGGAUCGUAUUUGAAUUUUAAUCAGAUGAAAUAGGAAAACAAUAAGUGUCUCCUCCUCCACACAUGUAGGGCCUUUGGGGCCUGUGGCACCCGAAAAUCAAAGGGAGAGGGGUGCUGAGGCUCGCUGAGGUGCCUCUGAUGGUAAGGAGACCACUGUAUUUAUCAACAGUAAUCCUGCUUAUAUUAACGGCAAUAUACAGUAUAUAUAUAUCAAUAUAUAGUGCAUUCCAAGAUGGUAUUAAAAAGCCUAAAAUCCUUAGAGGGAGAAUUAUGUAAAAGAUACCUCGCCCAUUUUAAGCUAAGCCUUUUCUUGUUUCUUUGCUACAUGCCUUCUUUUAGCCUUUUCAGAGCGCUUGUUUGAUGGACUGUGGUGCCACGAGCGUGCUGAGCCUGCAGGUCAGGUGUGUUUGGGUGUGGGGUUAAAGUACGAUAUCAAGUAUCCAGUUAAUGGUGAUACGAAUGCCCUGCGCUUGCUUGAAUGUCUUUGACCCAUCUGGUUCGUAAGACUCUAACCUCAAUCAAUCGAUUGAUUCAGUCAGUCGAUCAAUCAACGAGUGCUGUUAUCAAAUCCGUAAAACCCUGAGGGACAACUGGAAUCUCAGGAAAUCCCAAAAAAUGGUGGAUAAGGACAGUGAAGAGUUGUCUUAACAUCCGCUUUUUUUUCUUCAUCUUGAUUUUCCUCAUCAUAACUGUGUUUAACCAAAACAGGAUGUGUUAUUUAUACCUUUUUAUAUUAGCAAGACAAGCCUAAGACAAUAUAUCAUCGUAUCUCUUUGUCAUCGGUCUUCUUUGUUAUACUGAAUGCUGCUGUUUGUUUGGUCAUUUUUGGAGGAUAUCCUCAUUUCAAAGUCUGUCUCAAUCCUCAACUCAGCCAGUGAAGCUAGACUACACACACAGGUCUACUCAGUUUAUGUUUUUCUUUAACGUUUGAAAGAACGCUAAAACAAAUGUGAUCAAAAGUGAUGCGUUAGCUUACACGCUACAAGCACCUUCUCUCCUAUUGGAAUAAGCUAAAGCUUAAGCUCCUGUAAGUUUGUAUGACUGCAAAGCUGCACUUCAAAGUGGAUCUCACUAUAACUGAAAGAGGGAAGCGUUACCGACUACCUGCAUUUGGGCCUCGACAUGUAAAUAACCCAGAGAAUAUACACGUCUGUGGGUGCUUUCCUUCAAAUUACAUUAGCACUAUAUAGAAACUGUUAUUUGUCAAACUUGAAUAGCUUCCUUAAAAAACUUCACUUACAAAAUGAUCAUUUGCGUGUCAGUUACUUACUACAUGUGACUUUGAAUUUGUGAAGGAAACUGUUUUUCUCGCAUGUCUUUAUGGUGAACGAAGAAUCCAAAAAAUGCGAACAUUCCUCAUGACUGAAAGUAAACUGGGACCACAUUUAACAACAACAAAACUAUAACACAAAAACAUCUAUUCACAAACUGUCACAGAACUCAUGCAGUAUAAUCCAAGUCUCAUUUAUCCAGGUCGUAUGCUCAGUGUCUCCCAAAUACAAUUCAGAGUUCCCACAGUCAUGGAACACCUGGAAAAGUCAUGGCAUUUGUAAAAACCUUUGAAAGUUUUGGAAAAGUCGUGGGAUUUUGUUGUGUGUGAUGAAAUUGUUUCAGUAAUUUUCCAUGGAUAAGCUUUUACGUAAUGUAACAUAAAGGCAAAUCUAUUUACUGUAGCUGUCGACGUCACGUAGCUCAGUUACAUGUACCGUUUUGUUUACCAUCAGGUAUGUUUGUGUAUUUUUUCCCGUGUUUCGUCUUUCUGAAUGGAGAAUAAGUCUGAUAUGUUUGAAAAACCCUGGGCAAGUGGGGCAAAAAAAAUAGGAGUCCUGAAAAAGUCUAGGUCACUGUGCUAUGCAGUGUACUUCUGGGGACAUUUUGGUCCCCAGAUUUUGCUGCAGAGUGAGCGCUCCUGUCCGGACAGGAUGGAGCGGCACAGAGGAGGAGAAACAUUCUAGCUCUGAGACAACAUUAUCUUCCCUCCUCUGCUUAGAAGUGGUGAGGUUACAGCUCAGAGCAACUUAAUACGACACAGUGUCUGGCUUUUGUUUGAUAUCUAGUGUCAGCAAAAAAUGUUGUUGCACAAUUCUGAUCCACUGUUAGUGCCGUCAGCUGGUUUACUAUAUAACAUGGAUGCUGUUGUCACACUGAACGUCCCAAUGAGCCCUGUUCAAACUUUACACAUUUAUAAAGGAAAAAAAACAAAGGACGAAUAGUUGAAUAUUUGUAUUUAACGGCCAAAUCUGAUUUGACUGACAUAAUUGUCAGUUGGGUACAGCCCAAAAAAAAGUCAUGGAAAAGUUUAGAAAUUUUGUCCAUAAAAAUGUGUGAAAACCCUGAUACAUGCAUUCUCACUAAAACAUAAUGAUUUAAAACACUCAAGCCGUGAGCAUUUUGCGCCACUUGGCCGUGCAUUAGACUGUUUGUACUGACAUGUUUUAAAUCGAAAUUUUUCUGCCCCCACGCCAGUGACAGCUGUGGUCGCAGGCAUCCAGUUUUCUGGUUGUCCCUCCGUCUAUCUGUCCCAUUCUCGUGAAUACGACAUCUCUAGAAUGCCUUGAAGCAAUUUUUUCAUAUUGGGCACAAACGUCCACUUGGACUCAGUGAUGAACAGAGUAGAAUUUGGUGGUCAAAGGUCAAGGUCACUGUGCCUGUGUCCAUCUCAUUCUCAAGAACACACUAUCUCUAGAACACCCUGAGGGAAUUUUUUCAUUUUGGGCACAAAUGUCCACUUGGAUUAAUGAUGAACAGAGAAGAAUUUGGUGGUCAAAGGUCAAGGUCACUGUGACUGUGUCCAUCUCAUUUUCAAGAACGCAAUAUCUCAAGAAAGCCCUGAGGAAACUUCCUCAAAUUUUUGGCAUAAAUGUCCACUUGGACUCAAGAAUGAAUUGAUUUGAAUUUGGUGGUCAAAGGUCAAGGUCACUGUGACUGUGUCCAUCUCAUUUUCAAGAACGCAAUAUCUCAAGAACGACCUGAGGAAACUUCCUCAAAUUUUUGGCAUAAAUGUCCACUUGGACUCAAGAAUGAAUUGAUUUGAAUUUGGUGGUCAAAGGUCAGUGUGACCCCACAAAAAUGUCAACUUCACUGUGACGUCAUCAUGUUUUCUGGCCAUUAUUCAGCGUCGUAUCUCAGGAACAGAAGGCGAGACAUUUGGGCAGAUACAGAAUUUGUGACACAAAUUUUCUGAAACUGUGCUGAUUGUAUAGAUCCUCUGUGCUGUUGGGUUGAAGACGUGUGUGAAGCAUCUUCAUUUUAGAAUAUGAAGCAACAUCUGUACUUUUUGUCGACUGUCAUAGCUACAUAUGAGUCUGGAUGGACAUGGAUGUAAAUUGUAACUUAACUGGUUAGCAAAGGCAUACAACCAUGAGGUGGCAAUUGUAGUUUAAAUGCAUGUGUUUGGGAGACACUGAGCAUACGACUGGAUAAACGAAACUUGCAUUAUACUGCUUGAGUUGUGUGAGGGUUUGUAAAUGGAUGUUUUGAUACAGUUUUGUGUGUUGUUAAACGUGCUCAUCGUUUACUUCGAUUCAUGAAGCAUGUUCGCCCUUGAUGGAUCCUCCGUUCAUCAUAGAGGUAUGCAAGAAAAACAUAUUUUUCUUCAGUAAUUCAAGGUAACACAAGACGAGUAGUUCUUACACAAAUGCUCAUUUUGCAGGUGAAGUAUUCCUUUAAACUCUGCAUUACUUAGUCCCCUAUAUUUACUGGCCCAAGGCCGUGGGAGUUACUCCCCAAAUGUCCAUGAAAUGGACAAAGGCGCUUGUUCUUGGCCCCCAACAGGGUGCUACCAUGUUACCUCCUAAUGCCAAAGCUAUGCCAAGGUAGAGAUGAGCUACUGUGCUCCCAGGAACAGGAUAUGACACAGUCACGACACUAUAGAUAUACAGUACAUAGAUGUUUAUUUGCUCAGUACAACACUAGCCAACUCUAGCUUACCUCAGAAUAUCUCUGUGUCAUGAAUGUGUGACAGGCUAUCUGUCAUACAAGUGACAGCAGCCAUUAUUGACUGUUGACGAUACGGACAGUGUUAUGUAGCAUUUAUGACAGUGGGGUUUGCCCUGUGUUGUUAAUAUAUACUCACCUCAGACAGUUCUCUCGUCCGGCUUUGGACAGGAACCCCAAAGCUGCACGCUGUUUCUGAUUAUUCUGCUCCUCUAUCUGCUUUUAUCUGACAACGAGAAAACAAUAACAAUAAUAAAAUUGUAAACAACG